AUGAGCUGCUGCCGCUGCCACUACUGCUGCUGCUGCCGCCACCACCACUGCCGGCAGCCACACUGUGCCCUGAAGCUGUUGCUGUUGCUGCCACUUGCAGCCACAGAGGGCCCAAACAGCUGUGACACCAUAUACCAAGGCUUUGCCGAGUGUCUCAUACGCCUGGGAGACGGCAUGGGCCAAGGAAUCGAGCUGGAAACUGUUUGCAGGUCCUGGAAUGACUUUCAUGCCUGUGCUUCCCGGGUCCUGUCUGGGUGUCCAGAGGAGGCAGCUGCCGUGUGGGAGUCACUACAACGGGAAGCUCGCCGGGCCCCACACCCGGAUAACCUGCACACUCUGUGUAGUGCCCCAGUGCGUGUUUGGGAGCAAGGGGCAGGCUCGGAGACCAAUCAGGAGACACUGCGGGCAACAGCACCUACCUCUGUCCCAGCCCCAGCACCUGCACUGCUGGCUGCUGCUCUGGCAUUUGCCUGCCUCUUGGGGCCUCUGGCCUAG